AUACUGGUGACACUGGCAAGGACCACGUGACGACCUAUUAGUUAUUGGCCCAAACUCAGAGUGCGCUGUUCAAUGUCGUCUACGGUCAGAUCUCCCGACUAGCAGUCCAUAUUUAUAUAGUCAAAGGUUCCAAAAUCUUACCUUGGGAACCGAAAACUAUAGUACACGUGACGUAAAAUAUAGCAUUUUAGUAACCAAAGUAGGAUUUUGGAACGUACCCCUGAAUACACCCAAUGACGCUUGUGUGCAAACGAAUGGUGUUCCCGAACGCAGAUUUACAUAUAGUCAAAAUUAAAAACAUAAUAAACCGAUCGUAAUUUUCUUCUCAUCUUUGCUGUUUUGUAACUUAUAUAUUGAAAAAGUGUAAACGGAAGUUGGAAGCACGUCAAACAAUAAUUAAAUAAAAGGCAAUUAUGUGGCCAAAAGAAUACAUGGAGUUCCAGCGUAUUGAUGAAUUAUUACAAUGUGGGAUAUGUUAUGAAUAUAUGGAUACCAGUAUGAUAACUAAGUGUUCACAUAAUUAUUGCUCUUUGUGUAUUAGAAAAUAUCUGUAUUAUAAAACACAAUGUCCAAUUUGCUUUGAAAAUACCUUUGAGAAAGAUUUACAAAAGAACAAAGUUUUGGAUGAAAUUAUUACUCACUUUGUAAAUGUUAAGAAGAAACUUAUGAAAAUAUCUCAUCAAGACAAAUUAUUAAAAAAUACUGUACAAAAUACAACUUCUGAACUAAUGUGUUCUUCAAGCAAUUCAGAAUAUGAUAAAAUAGAAAGUAUCGAAGACACAAGUAAAACAUUACUUAAAAAUUCUGAUAGUCCAGUUCUUAUAACUAAUAACACUACACCUCAUAAACGAAAGGAUUAUCAGACAAAUAUAUUGACUCCUAGUACUAGUACAGAACGUAAAAUAUCGUCAUUUUUUACACCAAAGAGUAGUAAAAGUUUAAGAAAUGACGAAAAUCAUGAAAAGGUAAUAUGUCCAGUUUGUAAAGUAAAUGUGUGUGAAACAAAUAUUAAUAAACAUUUGGAUGAUUGUUUAAAAAGGGAAAAUGCAAAAGCUCAACCUAAAAAAAAUGAACCAAAAUUGAAACCACUGCCAAAGCUAGUAUUUUGUUUAAUGAAAGAUAGUGAAAUUAAGAAAAAGCUAAAACAAUUCGGCUUGUCGACUCAAGGAGACAGAAGAAUGUUAGAAAAAAGAUUGAAUAAAUAUACUAUUUAUUAUAAUGCAGAACGUGAUAAAGUAAAUCCGAGGCCAAUAUCAGAGAUAAUUAAACAACUUGAAGAAGAAGAGAAUAUAGAAAAAAAAGCAAACAUCUCAUCACAUAAAUUGAACAUUAACAGAUGUACAGAACAUAAUAUUAUAGAGCAACAGAGAAAAAAAUAUUUGGCUGAAAACAGAGAUAAUUUUGAUAAAAUAAUUGCAAAAAUAAAACCUUCAAAAAAAUUACCUGUUCGACGUAAUAUGUUUAGCAAAGAAUAUUCUAACAUUUCCCAUAAUAAUAACAUUACAGAAACAAAGUCAAGUAAUAAUUCUAUAGAUCCUAAAGAUUUUGUAAUAACUGAGUUAUCUUCUAAUUCUUCCGAUUUUACUAAUUCUACUAAUCAAAGUUUAUUAAAUCAUAAAACUUCAAAUCGUGCUUGUAGCUCAGAUUUAGAAACUUCUAUUGUAAAAACAGAAAAAGUAGGAAUUGAAGAAAUGUCAUUUUUCAAAAGAGCUGAAAUACAAGAAGAGAUAAUUUGUACUAAUCAGUCAAGAGAUAAUAUUUUGAAACAUGAAAUAGACAGUAAUAUAAAAAAAUCAAUUGACUAUACUGAAAUCGAACCGGAGUAUAAACAAGGAAGUAUAUUGUCUAUGAAGAAAAGUAGAAGUGACAUUAAAUGUAGUCUAGACAAAAGAGUCGCAAAUUCGGAACAUACGGAUGAGAGACAGAAAGAUCUAUCCAAUAAAGAUUUGUAUGAAGAUGUAUGUAUAAUAGAGGACAAUGUCGGUAAUAUUCAGGAUGAUUAUGAUAGCGUAAAGCAAACUCAGUUGCGUAAUACACAAGAAUCUAAUUGCACAAAAAGCGAGAAAGAAAAUCUAGAGUCAAGAGAUGAAGAUGUAAAAACUUGUGCAUUUAGAAAACGUGAGCGUGAAGUGAUGCUUACGUCAAAUGACGAAGAAAAAUAUGAAAAUAAGUCCACUGCCAAGAAAUUAACUAAACUCCAUUCGAGAUUCUGUCUUAGCGAAGCUAAGAAUAACAAUGAAACUUUUGCAUGGGAUGAAGAAAAUUCCCAUGCAAAAUCCCAAAGCCAAAAGAAACAAUCACGUGUAACUCGUGCAAAAAAUAGAUCUACUUUUGCAAAAAAGUCUGUUAGAUUGAAAAGCAAAACUUCGUAGAAAUUUGUUCAAAUAAAAAGUAAAAAUCAGUAAAGUAAACAAAAUAAGUUAACUUUAAAAUAGUAAAACUAUAGAAAUAAAUGAGAAACAUUGAAGUUUCCUGAACAGUAGAUCUAUGAUUAUAAUUUUACAUUGUUUUAUAUGGAAUUGUAUAUAUAAGUUUUCUAUCAUGUGCAUAUAUAGUGCCUUUAAUAUAAAAAGAAAUGUACAAUAUUUCUCUAUAGGUAAUGUAAAACAUUAAUGUAAAACAUUAACGAUAUGUGAGAUUAAAAGCAGAAUAUAUAUUAAUA